AUAAUUAUCAUGCAAAAGUUCAAAAAAAAUUAGUGAUUAAGAGGAGAAAAAAGUUCAAAUUAUAUGAAAGAAAUCAAAGUUAUAACAAUAGUGGCCUUUCUGUGAGAGUUUUUUCACGUUAAGGUGAAAAAAGUUGUAAAAAAGCAGAAGAUUUUUAACAUGAAUGAGCGGUGUAAAAAAAUGACUAUCGCAAUGUAUUGGUGCUUGUUUUUGUCGCUGUUUACAAUUCAAAUCUGCAAUGGAUAUUCAAGCAACAUUAUUAAGGAUUAUCAUAAUAAGGAUUAUUUGACGGCAUCAGUUAGCAACGCUAACAAAUUUGAAGACAAUGAGAUAAGAGUUUUUGGUUACGCGAGCACCCGAAAGAGACCUGAAUAUUAA